AUGAUGUUGGCGAUUUUAACUCUUCUAGUGAUAUUCAUUGUAUUUUCUCCGGUGAUUGUAUUACAAGUACAGAAACAUGAUCCAGAUUGUGAUUAUAAUAUAACACAGUUAAUUCAGAGUAAAGGUUAUCCAUGUGAAGAACAUAAAGUAAUUACAAAUGAUGGUUAUAUUCUUGGUAUUUUUCGUAUUCGACAUGGUCGAAACUCAUCAUCAUUAACAGGUCGACCUGUUCUUCUUCAACAUGGUCUUCUUGAUUCGGCUGCAACAUGGGUAAUGAAUUUUCCAGAUCAAAGUCUUGGUUAUAUUCUUGCUGAUGCUGGUUAUGAUGUUUGGCUUGGUAAUGUCCGUGGAAAUUAUUAUUCACGUGCUCAUGUUAAAUACAAUCCUGAUCGUGAUGAAGAAUUUUGGGAUUUUAGUUGGGAUGAUAUGGCAAAAGAUGAUCUUCCCUCAAUGAUUUAUUAUAUACUGAAUGCAACAAAAUAUACACAAAUUGGUUAUAUUGGUCAUUCACAAGGUACAAUGAUUGCUUUUGCAGAAUUUGGUCGUUCUGAUAGUAUCAUUCAAAAUAAUAUUAGUUUCUAUGGUGCUUUAGCACCUGUUGCUCAUUUAGGACAUAUAAAAUCUCCAAUAAAAUAUUUAUCAUUGACAUCAAAAGAAUUAGAACUGUAUUGGCAUUUAUUAUUUGGUCGUAAUGAAUUUCUACCAUCAUCUUAUAUAAUAAAAUGGUUUGGAACAUUUGCAUGUGGAGACAUUAUAAUUGAUCGAUUAAUAUGUGAGAAUGUUUUAUUUGUGUUAUGUGGACCAGAAAAGAAAAAUAUGAAUAAUUCACGAAUUCCAGUUUAUGUAUCGCAUGCACCUGAUGGAACAUCUGUAAAGAAUAUGAUUCAUUAUGCACAAGGUGUUCAAUCAAAUGUAUUUCGAGCAUAUGAUUAUGGUUCACCUCAAAAAAAUUACUUGCAUUAUAAUCAAACAACACCACCUGAAUAUAAUAUUCAUGAAUUAAAAAUCCCAACGGCAAUAUUUUGGUCACCUGAUGAUUGGCUUGCUGAUGCAGUCGAUGUUGCUUAUAUUUUUGAUAAAUUACAAAGUCUUGCCUAUGAAAAAUGUAUUACAGAUUAUAAUCAUCUUGAUUUCGUAUGGGCUAUAUCAGCUAAUAAAAUUAUUUAUUCUGAUUUACUUAAUGUAAUGCACAAAUAUCACCCAUCUAAUUAA